GGGCGAGUCACUAAUACGGCGCUAAUUGGGAGAAGCCUACAAAGAGGCAGGGAUAGCCGAGGAUUUUCCUUUCUCGCAGCUGCACCCGCCGCCGUUGCCCUCCGCUGCAGCAGCAGCAGCAGCAGCAGCAGCAGCAGCACCGGCUCGACAGCCAUGGCCUCCGAAAAGAAGCAGCAGAAUUCUAUGCGGGAGAUUAAGGUUCAGAAGUUAGUUCUGAACAUCUCUGUUGGUGAGAGCGGAGAUCGUCUUACUCGUGCCUCCAAAGUGUUGGAGCAACUUAGUGGCCAAAGCCCUGUCUUCUCUAAGGCUAGGUACACUGUCCGCUCUUUCGGAAUCAGGCGUAACGAGAAGAUUGCAUGCUAUGUGACCGUUCGUGGCGAGAAAGCUAUGCAGCUGUUGGAGAGUGGCUUGAAGGUGAAGGAAUACGAGCUUCUGCGUCGCAACUUCAGUGAAUCGGGUUGCUUUGGUUUUGGAAUCCAAGAGCACAUUGAUCUUGGUAUCAAGUACGACCCUUCCACUGGUAUCUACGGAAUGGACUUCUACGUUGUGCUUGAGCGCCCAGGUUACAGAGUCGGAAGGAGACGCAGAGCUAAGUCUCGCGUUGGUAUUCAACACCGCGUUACCAAGGAAGAUGCCAUGAAGUGGUUCCAGGUUAAAUACGAGGGAGUGAUUCUGAACAAGUCUCAAGCUAUCGCAUAGAAGCCCGCUUCAGAUAUGUGAAAGAGGUAGAAUUUUUGUGAGUAUUUGGUUAUCACAAGCUUGUUAGCUGAGUUCUUCAAGUCUCGAUGUUAUUUUGCCAAAAACAUGAGAAAUUCGUACUCGAGCAUUUCACAUCUCGUCAA